CCAAACUGUUGACAAAUCUUCAACUGCACCCACCCACUCCUUUGCCUUCUCCCUAUUCUGACUUCAAAAAGGUCGUUCCCCACCGCGUCUCUCCGCCCGCCGGAGAAGGCAAAAUCGAAAUGUGUCCGCUCAGGCUCAUUCUCAUCUUCCUCUCCGCCACCCUCGCCGGAUUCUUCGUUCUCAGGAACCUCAAAUCCCAACCUCAAGUUGUCGCCGACGCUCCCGCCGACGGUGAUCGAGAUGACAAUGAUCCCCACGACUCCACUCCCAAGUCCUCCAAGGUAUUGUCGGCAAUAGGAUCGGGGUUCUGGACAUGCGUGGACAUGGCAAGCGGGCGCUAUCUCUGGAGGCAUUUGGUUUCGUCCUCCAAGCCUUCCGAUUGAUCUUUUCCUCUUCAAUUUUCUUUUUCUCUUUCGGGAAUUUUAGUACUUUCCAGGUUUGAAUUUCUGGCUGCUGUGCAAUUUGCCGAUAAUUCGAAAUAGUAAUACCAUGGGAUUCCCUCUUUGGAUCUUGGAAUGGGAAUCAAAAUGUUCGAACUUACUCUGGACAAGCAUGGAUUCGUUUCCCUGCUUAAUUUUUAGCAUUUUAUUUUCCUUUUAAUAUCCCUUGUAUUUUUCCUCGGAUCCGAACAAACCCUUACUGUUGUACUCCUGUUUCUGUAUAGAUUGUGGCUUUUGUUUCAAAUGCAGUUUAUUUAUGGGGCUUAGCUACCCUAAGUAUA